UGAGUCAGAGACAGGUGGAUCCGUGGGCCUUUGUCUCUGGAGCCUCGGGUGAAGAUGGAGGAGCUGGAACACACCUGCCCUCAUCCUCGGACGACUCUCACAGAACCCGCCAUAUUUGCCCAGGAGACGAGCUGUGAGUGUCGAGCACCCCAUGAGAAGCUGAGUGUUGAACAAGCUCGACUUGGCACUCCCGUGGACAGGCCGGUGCGCGUCUACGCAGAUGGGAUUUUUGAUCUUUUCCACUCCGGCCACGCCCGAGCACUGAUGCAGGCCAAGAAUCUCUUCCCCAACACGUACCUGAUAGUCGGAGUUUGCAGCGAUGAACUCACUCACAAGUACAAGGGCUUCACGGUGAUGACGGAGGAGGAGCGGUACGAAGCGUUACGGCACUGUCGCUACGUGGACGAGGUGGUGCGAGAUGCACCCUGGACCCUCACACAGGAGUUCCUGGAGAAACACAAGAUUGACUUCGUGGCGCAUGAUGACAUCCCGUACUCCUCGGCUGGAUCUGAGGACGUGUACAAACAUAUAAAGGAGGCAGGGAUGUUUGUGCCUACUCAAAGGACAGAAGGGAUCUCCACGUCCGAUCUGAUCACUCGUAUCGUGAGAGAUUACGACGUUUACGCCAGACGCAACCUGGAGCGAGGAUACACGGCCAAGGAGCUGAACGUCAGCUACAUCAACGAGAAGAAGUACCGUCUGCAGAACCAGGUGGACCGGAUGAAGGAGAAGGUACGGACGGUGGAGGAAAAAUCCAAACACUUUGUAUACCGCGUGGAGGAAAAGAGCCACGACCUUAUCCAGAAAUGGGAGGAGAAAUCGCGCGAGUUUAUCGGGAACUUCCUGGAACUCUUCGGUCCUGAUGGCACGUGGAAGCAGAUGUUUCAGGAGCGCAGUGGUCGUAUGAUCCAGGCGUUCUCUCCUCACGGUUCUCCUAGCAGUAGUCCUCCCAGGGAUUUCUCUCCAUCUCGCUCUCCCUCUCCUCCUUCCCGCUGGGCCAUGCCGAGAACCUCGCCGCCGUCUUCUCCCAAAGGUGCCUCGGCUUCCAUCAGCAGCAUGAGCGAAGGAGAUGAGGACGAGAAGUGAGGACGAGGACGGACUCACCCACCCAAAACACACCAUUCUUCUAUACCUGUCCACUCCAGCAGUGACGAGCUUCUCUUCACGGGGGGUGGGGGACCCAAAACAUGUAAAUACGCUGUAUGCAAUAUGAGAUCGAUCAUGUCCUCUUGAUCUUUUCUGGUUUUUAACGAGUUCAUAUGAAAGCCAUUGAUUUAUUCUCUUUAGUCGAGAGGAGAUGCAGGUGAGGA